GGGUGGAGGGGGCGUGAGCUGCAACGGGAACGGCUGCUACCGCGGCACCGGGACGAGGUUGGGCGUCGGGCCGUGGGUGUAUGUCUCUGUUGUCGGGGCAGUGGUCGUGAGGUUCUGGUGAGGGACGGUCAAUGAGGAUGGAAGGGAAAGGGGGAAAGGUGGUGAAGGGUCUUGGUAGAGGCAUAUAUGUUGGGUUUUUUUGCGGCGUAUUUUGGGUGUGGGAGUCGUUGAAAUUUAUGCUGUUUGAGAAACCUCAUCUUCACAGGUUUCUUAGAGGCAGCUGGCGCUGCAUUUGCCUUUGUAUUGUUACCGAUGGCAGUUGGCGUUUUCCUAUCGUGCACUCUAAUGCGUAAACAUUCUUACCAUCAACAUCCGACCCAGACGUGAUGGGGGCCACCCUCUGGAAGCAGAAAUAUACCAUGGACAUCGGUUUCUUACAACGGCCUCUAUUCUUCUCGUAUUGGAGUUGAUGUAACUUUACUAAAG